AUGGAAGGCCGGCGUCUCGCCCACGGAGCUGCACCACCGUUGACCGCCGUUGAGAGAUUCUUAUACGGCCAAAAGAAUGAUGCCUUGUCUUCCAAGAGACAAGAGUCUUCUAGAGACCGACCGAUCAUGAAGUCGAAAAUGUCGAUUGAGAUUAGAAGCGACAACAAAGAGAACAUGACGUUUGCUCCGAGAAAGGAGAAACACUUGGUCCUUAAUGGAGGAAACCGAAGCCCUAUUGGAGACAUGGUCGCUAAAGGUGCAACCAGAGAUUAUCAAAACAGUACGAAGAAGCGACCGUACAAGAACCUUAUCAAAGGGCAAUGGACGACAGAAGAAGACAGGAAGUUGAUAAGGUUGGUGAGGCAACAUGGAGAGAGGAAAUGGGCAAUGAUCUCGGAGAAACUCGAAGGAAGAGCAGGCAAACAAUGCCGUGAGAGAUGGCAUAAUCAUCUCCGUCCUGAUAUCAAGAAGGAUGGGUGGAGCGAAGAAGAAGAGAAGAUUCUUGUGGAUGCACACACGAGAAUCGGAAACAAGUGGGCAGAAAUCGCUAAACUCAUAUCAGGACGGACCGAGAACUCUAUCAAGAACCAUUGGAACGCAACCAAACGACGCCAAAACUCGAAACGUAAACACAAACGCCAAUCAAACGCGGAUAACAAUGAUAGUGAUCCCUCUCCAUCAGCUAAAAGGCCAUGCAUUCUCCAAGACUAUAUCAGAAGCAUCGAGAGUAAUGAUUUUAACAAGGACGUUGACAAGAACAAGAAUGAGAAUACGAUCAGUGUUCUUUCUACACCAACUCUUGAUCAGAUCUAUUCUGAUGGAGAUUCUGCAUCAUCGGUCCUUGGCGAUCCAUAUGAUGACGAGCUGAUUUACCUGCAAAACAUCUUCACAAACCACCCGAUUUCUCUUGAGAGUAUCGGUCUGACCCAGAGUUCAGAUGAGGUAAGCCAAUCUUCAUCAUCUGGGUCCAUGAUCAAUAACCCUAACCCUAACUUUCACAACAAUGUUGAAACUCAUCAUCAUGAUCAGGCAAAGGUCACACUUCCUGCGAAUACACCGCACCUUGCGUCUGAUAUCUACUUAUCUUAUUUGUUGAAUGGUACCACGUCGUCUUACUCCAACUCUCAUUUCCCGUCUUCCUCACUUUCCACGUCAUCCACCACCGUAGAGCACGGAGGCUACAACGAGUUUCUUGCGCCUCAAGCUAGCUCUACAAGUGAAAGAAGAGAGAUGGAUCUGAUAGAGAUGCUCUCUAGUUCUUUUCAAGGUAGCAACAUCUGCUUCCCACAGUUCUAG